AUGAGUAGAGGCCAUCCUGAGGCUAAGGCCGCCUGCCGUGACAGGCUUUACUCACCACGCGUCGGCUUCCGAGCAGGCCUAGUGAAAGUUUUUCAACGAUACGUGGAGCGAAUCUUCUGCUCCCAGACUCGGAGCACAUCCUCCAUUCAUGCACGCCCCACGUCGUCUCGAUCGAAGAAACAAUCACGGCCGGUGUCCUUGAUCGAGGAAGAGAACCAUGUGGCGAGACAAAUCCGAGACAUCUAUUCGUCUCGUCUUCGUGCUCCUCCCACGCCGCCUCGUGGCCGAUUUCUUGCCCAAGCCGUUCGCAGUGAGAGACUUCGCCAAGAGUAUACUCUGACUUUGCCUCUUCCCUCAGGCAGGGCUUCGCUGGCCGGAGAUAUUCGGCAUGCGACGUCCACUAUCGACCUUACCAGGUUUUUGGCCGGUCUACCAGGUAUUGCUGCACCUACCAUCAAGAAAACAAAUCCGGAAGACCUCGUUGGGAGGAUGUUCCCACCCUGGGCUACUUCUUGCGGAGCUCGCCACGUCGCUGCUUGCUUCUGGUCAUGGCUUUGUGUGCUCGACGACCUGACCGAGAACAAAGACACCCGGAUUGCGCUAGAGAACAUCGUCUCCAUCCUAUCAAGAUCCCCCUACGAUCCCCUGCCUUCGUCUCCCUUGGCCGUGAGUCUCAUGGGGGCUUUCCAUAGUGCAGUACAGACGGCUUCUAUUACGAAUCAAAACCCUCUUGAUCCCGUGGAUCCAAUCCGUGAGCCUUGGAAAGAAGUCUUUUGGUCAGAGGUCGCCACGGUCGCGCGCGCCUUGCUGGCAGAACAGGAUCUGGAUGACCAAAAGUUUACCAUGCAGGAGUGGCUGGACUUACGUGUUCUUACAAUUUCUGCACGACCUCUGCUUGUCCUGUUGCAAGCGUCGUUCGGCCUCCCCGCCUCCUCAGGGCCCCUAGUCAUCGGGCCUCUGAAGAACCUGCCGCUGAUCCUAGGGUUACAAAAUGAUAUCCUGGGAUUCGACAAGGACUUCUCCUCAGGCAAUCCACUCUCCGCCGUGCAGCUUCUUAUCCGAGACGGAAUGGACAAGAAGAACGCGCUUCUGCGGAUCGUCGGUCUCCACAACCGUUUGGUGAUGGAGAUGACGGUGGAUGCAGAGGACUUCGACGGCACCGACCAAGAGAGAGACUUCGUCACUGCAGCGUCGAGAUGGCCCAACGCCAUGGCCCUGUGGAUGGUCUCUUGCGAGCGGUACAAGUGA